AACACGAAUUCCUUUACGCUCUGCUGCUCUUCAUUGUGCAUCCAAGAACUCGACUACCACAACGAAUCAGCCAAAAUGUAGGACGACGACAAACCUCUAAGAGCUUGCAGUAAAUGGAAAGUUCUGUUGAAUUGGCAGGCUGACAACAUGGAUUUCGACACACCGACAUUGACUUAUGAUGAAGAGGACUAUGGCCGAACGCCACCAAAUCAAAAAGCCAUAUUUAUCUACGAAUGGCUCAGGAAUCUGGAAGAUAACAUUACAACUGUCAAGAAGACAGAGGUAAAAAAUUGUCAACAGAAGCUUGAGGAACAACUCUCAAAGCACUUGACUAUAGUCCUUGGACCUCCAACAAGACAGCUGCUCUCCAGAUGCUUUGCACUAUUGUACAGUAUUGGUAACACCACAACAUUGUAUGAAACAGUCAACAAGUGCAGUGAUACCAUCAAGUACAAGGAUGAUUCACAGUCUUACCUUCCAAUAAAACUGUCUGCAGUAACAUGCAUUGGUGCCAUUUAUGAGAAACUAGGACGAAUGGCUGGUGGAUCUUAUCAGGAGACUGUGCAGACUCUAAUCAAAGCAAUGAAAAAUGCUGAGUCUCAAGGACGCUGUGAAAUCAUGCUGAGUCUGCAGCGAGUUUUAAGUGGUCUAGGUAGUAAUGGAGCAGCCUUACACAGAGAUAUUUACAAAGCUGUAAAAGGAGCUUUGACAGACAGAAGCAUGUCAGUUAGAUGUGCAGCCGCAAAGUGUGCAUUGGAGUUAAUGAAACAUGCCAACUUCCUGUACACUUCUGAAUUGGAGGGUGUAAUAUCAACAUGUUUUAAAGCCUUGGAGGGUUCUAAUUAUGAUGUACGAGUCUGUGUUGCUCAACUGAUUGGUACAUUAAUGGCCAUGACGCAACAGAUUUCUUCAGUAACAGCAGCAGCUGGAAAGAACAAGAAGACAUGUAGUCUGGAAGAAGUGUUUGCCUACAUGUCUGGAGGAUUCCUGCGGGGAGGAAUUGGAUUUUUGAAGGGAAGUGGAGGAGAGCUGUUGAAGAGUAUUGCUCCACGAGAAGUGAGAGUUGGAGUUACUCAGGCCUAUGUGAUAUUUUUUACUGAGAUGGGAGGCCUGUGGGUGCAGAGGAACAUCAGCUUGAUCUUGAAAAAUGUUCUGGAGCUCCUUUCCAGUCCUAAAGCCACUCAAACCCAUGUGGAUGCAGUGUACUCCAGACGUUCUAUUUCAUUUAUUCUGCGGGCUGUGCUUGGACGGCAUCUUGGUGAACCAGCUCAGUUAGAUGCAGCAAAGGAACUGUGCAGCUUAAUAACAAAGCAAAUGAAUAAAGUGAACGAUUCUGUGCAUAGUGCAUCAGAUGGCAGCAGUUCAGCUAGUGUUAUUCAGAACACAGAUGAUGUGAUCAACACUCAACACGUUCUUGUGUGUGCUCUGCAAGAACUGGGAUGUUUAGUUCAAGGGCUCAGUACCACAGCCAUGUCUCUUAUUCAGGAGAACCUCUUGGAUCAUGUUCUGUCAGUGUUGCUGCACCCAGCUCCUGCUGCUCAACUGCUUGCUGCCUGGUGUCUGAGGUGCAUCACAGUUGCUGUUCCAUCACAGGCAACACCACUCAUUGACCGGUGUAUCAAUCGUAUCAGUUCCCUCAAGUCAUCUGGGGAAGCAGUUGGAGGUUAUGCCCAUACUUUAGCAGCUCUUGUUGGAGGAGUUCAUAAGUGUCCUCUUGGUAUCCCUCAUGCUAAAGGAAAGGUUGUAUUUAAUGUAGCAAACGAGCUUCUAAAAACUGCUAAUCAGAAUCCAAGACUUGCUCUCCACAAAGCUAAAGCUGGAUGGAUACUCUUGGGAGCAUUGAUGACAUUAGGACCAUCAGUCGUCAAACACCACUUGCCACAGAUGCUUGCUCUGUGGACAAAUGCUUUUCCAAAGACAGUGAAGGAAUUUGAUCAGGAGAAGACCAGAGGUGAUGCAUACACUUGGCAUGUCACAAUGGAAUGUCGUGCAGGAGCACUGUGUUCAAUGGCAAGUUUUUGUGCAAACUGUUCUGCUCUUCUAAAUGAUGACCUCACCAAGCGUCUGCUGUCUACUACUGAUGCAUGUUUAGCAAUGCUUCCAAGCCUACCUCAGAUCAUCAAGCAGCAUGGAAAUCACUUGAAAGCAAGUGCUGCUAUUGUGCGACUGAGAAUGUACUCAGUGCUGACUCUUCUUCCACCAAAAUCUUAUGAAGGAAGUUUUCAUUCUUUGCUACGUAGCUUGGUUGCAGAGUUUACUUUGGCAGAAAAUCCUGCUAUGACAACCACAUCUUUGUUAAAAACUGUGUGCCAUAAAGAUGAUUCUAUUCUUCUUGGGUCAUGGCUUCAAGAAACAGACCACAAGUUUGUGGAGGAGCAGCUACAAACUAACAGUGCAUCAGGGUCAGGAUCUUUAGAACAUGAUCCCUCUUGUAUAUUUGAACGCUGUCCAGUGGGAGAAGACAUUCCUGGUCCAUUACCUUUGGGUGUGGCUGUUAUUGAUGAGUCAAUUAAACUGUUUGGAACUGUGUUCCCAUUUGUGGCUCAAAAGCAUCGUAGCCAGUUAUUAUCUCAUUUUGCUGAGUGUAUUCGUCAAGCAAAGUCCUCCAGACAACAAGCAAUACAAACAAAUGUGUUAACAGCAUUUUUGUUUUCUUUAAAGGGUAUUGCUGAAGCAAAAACUGGUCUGGGUGAUGAAGAUGUAAAGACCACAGCUGUUAAUUUAGUUAUGAAUGCCAUAACAAAUUCAGACCCUAUUGUUCGCUGUGCUGCAGGAGAAGCCCUGGGUCGCAUUGCACAAGCUGUUGGGAGCCCUGUUCUCACCUCAAACAUCACUCAGAAGAUCUUUGACCAACUGAAGGCAGCAAGGGAUGCAGUGUCCAGAACAGGCUACUCUGUUGCUCUGGGCUGUAUCCAUCGUUAUGUGGGUGGAAUGGCUUCAGGUCAUCAUCUUAACAGCAGUGUCAGCAUACUUCUUGCCUUAGCUAAGGAUAAUUCAUCAUCUUUGGUUCAGGUAUGGGCACUACAUGCCUUAGCCCUUAUUGCUGACUGUGGAGGGCCAAUGUUUAGAAGCUAUGUUAAUCCAACAUUGGAGCAAGUUGUUGAUCUGGUAAUGACUGUCCCACCAGCCAUCACAGAGGUUCACCAGUGUCUUGGAAAGUGUUUAGCAGCACUUAUCACCUCAAUAGGACCUGAAUUGCAAGGAACUUCAAAGUCUAUAAGAGAUCUGCGCCUGUCCUGCAUUGUGGCAUGUGCCAUCAUGCAAAACCAUCCAGAUUCCUUAGUACAAGGAGAAGCAAUUAACUGCCUUCAACAACUUCAUGUGUUUGCUCCAAGUCAUAUCAACCUAGGGCUUGUGGUCCGUAAACUCUGUGCCAACCUGUCAAGUCCUCACUUAUUGUUGCGGAGAGCCACAGUAGCCUGCCUGCGUCAACUGUCCCAACGUGAAGCUAAAGAAGUUUGUGAACAUGCAUCAGCUGCUGGAGAGGAGCUUCAUAAGCAACAACAGUCCAGUUAUGCUGUUGUCAUAGGAGACAAAGGCCUGGAAGGGGCACUGUUUGGUAUGUUGGACACAGAAACAGACUCACGCAUGAGAUCUGAUAUUCAUGACACAUUGAACAGCAUGCUGCAGACACUUGCAGCUCAAAACCUGACACAUUGGCUGGGCCUCUGUAGGGAUGUGCUGUCUGCAUCCAAAAGCAGCAAAGCAGCGAAAGGACCAGAAGUUCAAAAGAGGAAUGAAGAACAAGAGGGUGAAGAGGCAGGUGAAGGUGAUACUGACGAAGGUGGAGGAAUGACAGCUGGAGAAGCUCCUGAGGAAACACACCCUAAAGUGGAUCCACGCUGGCCAACCAGAGUGUUUGCAACUGGAUGUAUCAAGAAAAUUAUUGUUGUCUGUCAAUCAAAACAGGGUCAUUUUGAUUUGGCAGUAGCACGCACAUUGCGAGAGGAGACUGGAGAGGAGUUGGAACCUGUGAAGUCUAUGGUUUGUAGUGCAUGGAUUGCUAGUGGUAUCGCAAGAGAUCUUAAUGAUGUACGGAGGAUUCAGCAACUGUUAGUCACCAAGCUGUCAAAAGUUGGGGAGGCUAAAGAUUCUUCUUUACAGCUGUACAAUGAAGCAGCUACUACAAUGGAGAAACUAGCAGUUUUGAAAGCUUGGGCUGAGGUGUAUAUAGUUGCCAUGAAGCAGCAGGACAGUCCAUCACCAGUAAAUGCUGGAGAUGAAGAGUUUUCUGAACCAGCUGGGAGCCUCUUGGAGCUGGUAGAACCUGAGUUGAAGUCUCUCAGUAAAUACUGGCUUGGUGCACUGAGAGAUCAUGCACUUCUUUCUCUACCUGCAGAGUAUGCAUCUCAGUUGCCUCCUCAUGGUGGAAUGUUCUACAGUCCUGACUCAAUGGAGCAAGCCAAGCCACAUUACCAAAGUUGUUGGCCUUCCAUUGUUCAUGCAGCCUCCUUGUGGCUGAACAAUGGUGGAUUUGAAAGCACCAAACGUGAUAUGGAGCAAGGAAUACCAACUGAGCCUCUAAACACAAGCUCUGUUGAUAUGGUGACACCUGCUAAGACACCAACAGAUAUCAAUGCAGACUACUUUCAUUUACUGGUUGGAAUUUGCAUGGAAUCCUUGUGUUCAUCCAGAGCAACACAACCCAACAGUACUGUGUCUGCUUGUCUAAAUGCAUUCUACAGCUUACUGGAUUCUAAGUGGCCACGCACUCUCAUAGGAAAUGAACAAAUCCUCGGUGUUGAAAUGUUAAGUGUGUUACACAGAGUACUGCUCACAAGGGACUCUCGUGAUAUCCACUUGGCUGCCAUGAGAGUUGCCAGACAGAUUGUUAAAGCUGCUCAAGAAUCAUUAGAAGGAAAAAAGGCUGCAACCACAAAUUCUGAGAGCAGCUCAAGUAUAGAUGCAGAGGGAGAGGAUGACUUAACGCCUGGAAGAUCCUUAGUGUUUGGUGUGAUGGAGAUUUGUAUGUGCAUCCUCACAAAACAGCUUCCAAACCUUCUCCCUUCAUCUGCCGCAUCCAGCCAGCAGCCAGUUAUGUUGGUGUCUAUUGGCUCAGGGUUUAGAUCAUUAACAGAGGAGAGCUCCAAACUUAUAUCUGAAGCACUUUCAAUCCUCCCAUGUGUCCCUGGCCUUUGUACACCAGAGACUUCUGUUAAUGUUCUACCAAGUGUACUUUACCUUUUGACCUGUGCCCUGCGUGAGGUGGCCUCAAUUCAAGACUCCACCUCACAGAAAACAGUUUCAGCUGCACUACAGGCUUUAAAACAACUUACCACAUCUGCAUUCACACAGCACCCUAAAUGUUCCAAGGACUGGAUUGACUUGCUUCAAAGUGCUUUAGCCACAGUUUUGUCAGAUUCCAAAGCUAAUGAGGAGUUUGCAGCUUUUGGUGCAGUAUCAGAAUCACCUGCAAUGGAUGACUCUGUGGUGAUGCUUGCAUUGGCCAUCUUCAUUCUCUCAGCACCAAAAGAAGUGGUGUUGGCAUCAGACUUACAGCAACAGUGUAUUAAAUUAUUUACCAGGUGCCUUAAAUCAACAAUGCAGAUUCAGCUCAAGGCUCUACAGACAUUGGAGUCUGUCUUCCAGUGUAGAGAGCAUAGUGUGGCCUAUCCUUUCAUCAAUGCUUUAGCUCCUCACAUUGUGAUGAUUUUGAAUGACAUGUGUGUUAAGAAGCCAAGCAGCGAGGAACAGGUGACAAUCACUUUAGCUGCCAUCAAGAUCCUGGAGAAUUUGGUGGAACGGACAGAUGACCAUUUAAAGGUGCAUAUGCUAGGAUUGCUUGUACCAAUCCUUAUAUCAUUGCUGUCAGACAGUGCUAACCUCCCAAAAGGAGGGAAGAUAACCAGGAACCUUCAUGAUCAGGCUCUGCAGAAACUUAUGAAAAUUGGACCCAAAUACCCUGGGCCUUUCCGUAGCAUCAUGAGUUCACAGCCUGAACUAAAGUCACGUUUAGAAAGUGCAGUCAGAGCUAAUCAGGCAUCAGCCAAACCAAAGCAACCAGCUGUCCAGGCUAAAGUGGCACCAGCACAGCCAUCCAUCAAGCUACGUAUGGACUUCAGUAACUUCAAAUAGCUGGCUUGUUCUCACUAUAAUUAUCAGUUGAGUAAGGCAUGGAAAAAGUUUUGUGCUGGGAGUUUGACUGUAAAAUAACAAUGUUACCAAUAAAUGACUGUGAAUAUA